AUGAGAAAAAGAUUUGUCUCGAACUAUUACUAUAGAGACUUGUACCAGAAGUUGCAGACCUUAUCUCAAGGAAGUCGUAGUGUCGAGGACUACUACAAGGAGAUGGAGGGGAGAGUUGCAGCUGUGAAGAAUCAAUUGGUUGGAGCUUAUAACGAAGAGGAGCAAUAUUGGCAACAGAAAUCUAGGCUAAGCUGGCUUCGGGAAGGAGAUAAAAAUACCAAAUACUUCCAUGCAGUGGUGAAGGGGAGGAGGAAGAGAAAUAAGAUAGGAAAUUUGAAGAGGGAGGAUGGUUCUUGGACUACAACUGAUGAAGAAAUUACAGCCGAGGUAGCUAAGUAUUAUAAGCAUCUCUUUAAGUCUAGCGAGAUACAAUGCUUGGAGGAUAUUUUGGAUGGUAUACCUAGCACCAUUACUGACCACAUGAAUGGUAAUUUGACUAGACCAGUGGAGGAAUACGAAAUAAAGGGUGGACUGGGGAUAUCUCAAAGCUGUGAUGGAAAAAAUGGGGUUAGUCAAUUGUGGGUGAAGUGGAUUAUGGAGUGUAUCACUUCUGUAUCUUAUUCUUUCAACAUCAAUGGAGAGAACAAGGAGUAUGUGAUUCCAUCUAGAGGCAUUAGGCAAGGUGACCCACUGUCACCUUACCUUUUCUUGUUAUGCUCUGAAGGUCUCUCGAAUAUGCUUAAGAGAGCAACAAGGCAGGGAUUACUCAGUGGUCUAAGGAUUAGUAGACAUGGGCCAUUCAUCACACACCUCUUUUUUGCGGAUGAUACACUCGUUUUUUGUAAAGCUGCGAGCCAAGAAACAAGGAAACUAAAGGAAAUUCUUGAUCAGUAUGCAAGAGGGUCUGGUCAGCUAAUCAACUUGGACAAAUCCUCUAUACACUUCAGCAAGAAUACUAAGGAGAAUGAUAAGGUGAAAGCCUGUGUGCCACUAACAGGUGUUAAGGUAGUGAAUCAAGGGAAAUACUUGGGGCUUCCAAUGGUAGUUACAAGGACAAAAAGUCAGGUCUUUGGGUUUAUAAAGGACACCAUUAAGACACGGCUAAGUAGUUGGAAGAACAAGUUUUUGAGUGCAGCAGGCAAGGAGGUGACGCUUAAAACUGUAACUAUGGCUUUGCCAACGUAUGUCAUGUCUUGUUUCAAGUUACCAGCUAGUCUUUGCAAAGAAAUCACACGUUUGAUGGCUGCAUAUUGGUGGGGUGAGUCACAAGGCAGAAGCAAGGUACAUUGGUGUUCUUGGGAUAAAAUGAUGAAGGCCAAACUGGAAGGCGGAUUGGGGUUCAGGAAUCUGGAAUGCUUCAACAGAGCUCUACUUGGAAAGCAGAUUUGGAGACUGUUACGCUUUCCAAACCUGUUGGUCAGUCAAGUAUUGAAGGCUAAAUAUUAUCCCAACGAAAAUAUUCUGAACUGUGACAUCCCUAAACAUUCUUCAUGGUUCUGGCAAAGCAUAAUGUCUGCAAGGGAAGUUGUUAAGGGGGGUAUUUGGAAGAGAGUUGGCUUAGGUAAGAGUAUUAAAUUAUGGAAGGAUCAGUGGAUAUCAAACAAUCCAAAUGGAAAGCCAACAACGAUGGUGCCAGAUGGGGGGGAGGAGCAGAAAGUGGAGGAGUUGAUAUCAAAUUUUAGGUGGAAGAGGAGUGUCAUUUUUAGAAGAUUCAAUAGAGAGGAUGCGGAGAACAUUUUGCGCACACCUAUUAGCCUGUCAAGGACUGGAGAUUUGCAUUUUUGGAUCCAUAGUAAGCAAGGAGAAUACUCAGUUAGGUUGUGCUAUCAACUUCAACUGAAGGAAGCAAGGAUGAAGGCAGAACAAGCAAAGGGGAAUCAGGCUCAGAAGGUGUGGAAACUCGCACCAGUUCAAUGGGAUGGGUUACAGAACCAAACUGGAUGCUUUAGGCAGUGGAAUGAUCUGGAAUUCGAAGGGAAAGUGAAGGAUGGAUUCAGAGUUGUGCAAACAGCGAACACUGAGUGGUUCAAGUUUGAAGAAGCUGGUAGAGUCACACCAGCUGGGAGUACAUCAGAAACAGAUGCAACAAAUGCAAGCCAAGGGAGGAACGAAUGGAGGCAACAGACCUGA